UGUUUCAGGCAGUUCCGCUCCAGGCCGGAAGUUGACAGUUACAAGAUGAGUUCGACAGAACCGGUCCAGGAGCCCCCGGUAACCGGACAAGCGGCGCCGUUGGGGGCUGUGAUUGAAAAUAAACCGAGCCCGGCCAAUAUCCCCAAACCCGGGCCCAUCGCCACCGUAACCGUCGGGACUGGAGCUGGUUUGCCUGGAAGAGACCCUGGGGAGCGGCGGGCGAGCGUUCCAGUGUCGGCAGCAUUGGCCGCGGCUCCUGCUGAAAGUUCCCUUUCUAAUGGAGUGUACCUGCCACCGGGUGUGACCAAUGGAGACAUCAAGCCGGUCAUCUCCAGCACUCCUCUUGUGGAUUUCUUGAUGCAGCUAGAGGAUUAUACACCGACUAUUCCGGAUGCAGUCACCGGGUACUAUCUGAACCGGGCAGGAUUCGAGGCUUCAGACCCCAGGAUCAUUCGUCUGAUCUCACUGGCAGCUCAGAAGUUUAUAUCGGACAUUGCUAAUGAUGCUCUGCAGCACUGCAAGAUGAAGGGCACCGCAUCCGGGAGCUCCCGCAGCAAGAGCAAGGACAAGAAGUACACACUGACCAUGGAGGACCUGAGCCCGGCCCUGUCAGAAUACGGCAUCAACGUGAAGAAGCCACAUUAUUUCACCUAGUGCAGCGGGUGUGGACGCCUGGUGAUUGUGCCGGCCGGGGCGGAGUCCUUGCUGACGUCCUGCAGCCACCUGGAUACAUGGACGAGGUCGCGGUCUGCGCUCCUGUUUCCUGGACAUUUUUCUCCCGCCUGUUAUGUGAGCGGCAGCCUUGGCCCAUGACCGUAUCAGAGUCUCUGCCGCUUCCUCCUCUGAGGGCUGCGCUACAUUUCAGCUUCUGGCCGCCAUGUUUAGUGGGGGAGGGGCUGUGCUGUAAAUAGCAUCUUUUGGUUUUUGUCGUGGAUGUGAAGGAAGAAAUACAGACAUUGUUUUCAGAAUCA